AAAUUAUAUGGUGAAGAAGAAGCUAAAAUGAAAACAUAUGCAAGAUUAUAUGGAUCUUAAUUACCUAUGAUAUUAACAAUUGAAAGAAAUAUUUUAGCUUAACCUACAAGAUUACCAGGUGAAAAAUAAUCUCUUUUUGGUUUAUAAGUAUUGAUGAACAAAUAUAAUGAAAUAGGAUUUGAAGACUUUUUAGGACUUGAAAAACCAUAUGUUAAAUAAUUAAGUGCUCAUGAUAGAUUUUUAUAAUCUUUUGAUUGA